AUGGGGAGGUUUACAAGUUUCGAUUUCCCAUGGAAACUAAUAGAAGACAUUACAAAUGGUUUUGCGGUGGAACAAAAAAUUGGUAGUGGUGGAUAUGGGGAGAUUUACAAGGGAGUGCAUCCAAAUGGACAAGAGGUAGCUGUGAAAAAACUUCACCACAUGCCAGGAUUAGACGAGGAUCAGUUUCAAAAUGAACUUCGAAUCCUUACUGGAAUUUACCAUCCAAACAUUGUCCAGCUCAUUGGGAAAAGCUACAUAGAGCAAGAUAGAUGUGUGGAACACCAAGGCAGACUAGUGUUUGCUACAAUGAUAGACAGGGCAAUAUGCUUGGAGUUUUUGCCUAAAGGAAGCCUUCAGAACCAUCUGUCUGGUAUGAGGCACAUAAGGGGCGCCAAGGUGAUGACGGAGACGCGUCGAGGCAGUCGUCGUGGGAGUGGGCGAUGCCGAAGUCGACGCAGCCAGGGCCGUCGUAGACGUAGAAGAAAGGCGACGACGCAAUCAAGGCAGAUGGGGUGGGACGGGAGGGUCAACGCCGAAGUCGAUGCAGUCAAGCCACCUGAGCGCUGA